UUGCUAACGUGAAGCUGAGCUGGAAACAACAUUUCCGAGAUAGACCACCGUCAUGAACUGAAGACUCCAGGCUGGAAACAUGUCGUCUCUGUCCGUGCCUCCGCCCAGAUGUCUGCAGACACCGCUGACGGUUCCUCACCGACACAUGUUUGGACCGGGGCCGUCUAAUGUUCCUCCACGCAUCCUGCAGGCUGGAGCCAACCCAGUCAUUGGUCACAUGCAUCCGGAGAUCUUCCAGAUAAUGUCCGACAUCAGGAGCGGGAUCCAGUACCUGUUCCAGACUCACAACCCCAUGACGUUAGCGGUGAGCGGCACCGGCCACACCGCCAUGGAGUGCGCCAUCUUCAACGCCGUGGAGGCCGGAGACGGCGUGCUGGCGGCAGUCAACGGCAUUUGGGGAGAACGGGCGGCAGAGAUGGCCGAGAGGAUAGGUGCUCGAGUAAACACCAUCGCGGCACCCCCUGGUGGGUUCUUCACGAACGCAGAAAUAGAGCAGGCGUUAUCCAAACACAGACCCGUGCUGUUUUUCCUGGCACACGGAGAGUCGUCCACCGGAGUCCUGCAUCCUUUGGACGGCAUCGGACUGCUCUGUCAUAAGUACGACUGCUUGUUCCUGCUGGACUCUGUGGCGUCGAUGGGAGGAGCUCCGGUUUGCAUGGACCAACAAGGGAUCGACAUCAUGUACACGGGUUCUCAGAAGGUCCUCAAUGCCCCGCCAGGGACGGCGCCCAUCUCCUUCAGUGAGAGGGCGUGUCAGAGGAUCUUCAACCGCAGAACCAAGCCGGUGUCCUUCUUCCUGGACCUGAGCUGGCUGGCAAACUACUGGGGCUGCGACGACAAACCCAGCAGAAUGUACCACCACACCGCCCCGGUCUCUGCCUUCUACGCCCUGAGGGAGGGCCUGGCCGUCUUGGCCGAGGAGGGUCUGGAAAGUUCCUGGGAAAGGCACAGGAACGUGGCCGAGUACUUCCACGCCGGCCUGGAGCGCAUGGGUCUCAAGCUUUUUGUCCCAGACAAGACGGCGCGGCUGCCGACCGUCACCACCAUCGUGGCUCCGCACGGAUACGACUGGAAGGAGAUCACGGCCUACGUCAUGAAAAGCCACAAUUUGGAGAUCUCCGGGGGUCUGGGACCGACUGUGGGCAUGGUGCUGCGUGUGGGUCUGAUGGGAUGCAACAGCAGCCGGGCCAAGGUGGACAUGGUGCUGGCGGCGCUCCGGGACGCUCUGGCACGCUGUCACAGGAGCAAAGUCUAAAAAAAUAAAUAAAAAUAAAUAAAAUACAUCAACAAA